AUGUCAACUGAAGGUCCAACUUUAGGAUCUACAAAUGAAGGUUCAACUUUAGACUAUACAACUGGGGAUUCAUUUUUUGGAUCCUCAAGUGAAGCAUCAACAAUGGAAAGUUUAAAACAUUUGACAGAGCAUAUGAAAACAUUUGGAUUUGUGGAUUACUCAAUUUUCUUGGCUAUGCUGUUGUGCUGCAUAUGCAUUGGUCUGCACUUCGGUCGAGAAGAUCAGAAAAAACGUAAACGACUAGUAAGACAAGAUUCUACAGCUCAGGCUGCUGAUUAUUUAAUGGGCGGUCGUGAUAUGCCUGUUAUUCCAAUUGCCUUAUCACUAACGGCUUCCUUAGUGUCUGGAAACAUGUUGUUAGGAACGGCGACUGAAAUGUAUCUUUACGGAAUGCAAUACUUCUAUGCAGUCAUUGGUGUUGCAUUAUGUGGUGUUGUCAUGCACUAUAUAAUUAUUCCAGUUUUUCACGAUCUUCAAAUUACAUCUACGUACGAGUAUCUAGAGAGACGAUUUGAUAAGAGGCUCAGAAUGUUUGGAUCGUUGAUGUUCAUGAUUGGCGUCAAUCUAUUCUUGCCGAUUGUCAUUUACGUACCAGCUUUGGCUUUUAAUCAGACUACAAACAUUAACAUUCAUGUGAUUACUCCUAUCGUCAUGAUCAUAUGUAUCUUCUACACUUGUGUUGGUGGAAUGAAAGGUGUAGUUUGGACUGAUGUUGUUCAAGUUAUCAUUUUGUAUGUGACUUUGUUCGUUAUUGCAAUUAAGGGAACAAUAAAUAUUGGUGGAAUUGGUGUGUUGCUUGAAAGGAAUAGUGAAAGUGGAAGGAUUCAGGGACCAGAUCUACGUUUAGACCCAACAAUUCGUCAUUCUUUCUGGACAGUAGUAAUUGGCUAUGCCGUACUGCAAAUAGCUGCAAACGGACUUAAUCAAAAUAUGAUUCAAAGAUUUAUGGCACUCAAAACUGUGAGAAAGGCUCGCAUCAGUAACGUUAUCAAUAUUAUUGGAAUUAUUGUUAUGUUAUCAGUCUCGUGCUAUAAUGGACUUCUUGUUUAUGCCACUUACUAUGAUUGUGAUCCACUUGCAACCGGUUUAGCAAAAGCAAAAGAUCAGUUGUUGCCAUUGAUGGUGAUGGAAAACUUUAAUGAUAUUCCUGGACUUGCUGGGUUCUUUGUUGCUGGAGUCUUUGCAGCUGCAUUGAGUACAUUAUCAACAGCUUAUAACAGCAUGGCUGCUGUUGUCUUUGAGGACUUUUUCAAGGCAUAUUCCAAAGAGGAAAUUUCAGAAAGAAAAGCAUUUAUAAUUAUGAGAGGAACUGUUUUGGUAUUAGGAACAGUUUCAGUUCUUUUAGUCUAUAUUGUUCAGCAUAUGGGACCACUUUUGCAACUGACAUUCACUAUCCCAGCAACAUCACUUGGACCUAUGCUUGGUGUAUUCUCCAUAGGACUCAUGCUUCCAUGGAUUGGAAAGCGUGCUACAUUUUACAGCGUUAUUACUGUCUAUGUCACAUUCUUAGUUUAUGUAUUAAAGAAUCAAAUGCAUGUUGCAACAGGAACAAUCAGAUACGAUGAACGUCCAACAUCAACCGAUGGAUGCUCUUAUAAUUUCACAUCAAGUGAUUUUACAACAACCACAUUAGCACCAGGUGUUGACCCAGUUGAACCAAAAAGAAGCAUUUCUUACCUUUAUUUCACACUUCUUGGUGGCAUUUUAGUCGUUCUACUUGCUUCCAUUCUUAGUAUCUUCUUUGGAUUUGAAGAUCCACGUAAAGUUGAUCCACAAACUUUAGCACCAUUCAUGAGAAAGUUCUUUAAACAUGAUUUCAAUCCAGUUGAUCUUGAAGAUAAAGAUGAAAAGAAAGGCAAGAAACACACAACUUUUGAGCUCGAUUAUCUCGAUUUUGGUGAUAAGAAAACAAACAAUGGAGCAGCUUGA